AGGGCCCCCGGGGAGUCACCUGCCGGGUGCUCGGCGUGCGGCUCUCCCUGGCGUCCGAGCGCGCGAAGGUGCAUCGGCUGGGAGUCGCCGGGGAGCCGCGCACCUGUGCGCACAUGCAGACAGCUCUGGGCAGGAAAAGCUGCUUAAUGUUGUGCUUGAUACCCUCGAAGGGAAGGAUCCGGGCCAUCCGCAAACACCAUGUUGGCUUCAGGUGUGCCCAGGGCAGUCGGAGGUGAGCUUGGCCUGAAGUAGCUCUGACGCACGAGCCAGGAUGACGAAAGCGCGCCUCUUCCGCCUUUCGGUGGUGGUGGGGUCCAUCUUCAUGAUCCUGUUGAUCAUUGUGUAUUGGGACAAUGUUGGAACGGCUCACUUCUAUCUGCACACCACGCUGUCCAGGCCGCACAGGGUGUUCCCCACCGUCAUCCCAGGGGACGGCCAAAGUGCUCUGCUGGACGUGGAUGACUUCUUGAAGACGUUCCUGAAUUCUGACCCCAGGAAGAACGUCGAUCUCAGCCGGAAGACCGAGCAGCCGCCCGUGCAUGCCUCCAGCCGUCCCGCCGCUGGCAACUUGGAAGAGAACGUCCGUGGCUACGAUUGGUCUACUCGGGAUGCCAGCCUGAUCCUGGACCAAGAGAAGUUGCAAGCAGAGCGGCGGAGGACCCUGCAGGAGCUGUGCUCCAACUCCAGCUUUACUUUCCCGACCAAGGAACGGUCGUUUGACGACAUCCCCAACUACGAACUCAACCACCUCAUUGUGGACGACCGCCAUGGCGUCAUCUACUGUUACGUCCCCAAAGUGGCCUGCACGAACUGGAAGCGGGUGAUGAUUGUCCUGAGCGAGAGCCUGAUGGACCAGGGGGUCCCGUAUGUUGACCCCCUGGACAUCCCCCGGGAGCACGUCCAUAACACCAGCACCCACUUCACCUUCAACAAGUUCUGGCGCCGGUACGGCAAGUUCUCCCGCCACCUCAUGAAGAUCAAGCUGAAGAAGUACACCAAGUUCCUCUUUGUCCGCGACCCCUUUGUCCGGCUCAUCUCGGCCUUCCGCAGCAAAUUCGAGCUGCAGAACGACGAGUUCUACCGCCGGUUCGCCAUCCCGAUGCUGAAGCUGUACGGCAACCACAGCAGCCUCCCGACGUCGGUGAGCGAGGCCUUUGGGGCCGGCCUCAAAGUCUCCUUCCCAGACUUCAUCCAGUACUUGCUGGAUCCCCGGACAGAGAAGCUGGCCCCUUUCAAUGAGCACUGGAGGCAGGUGUACCGCCUCUGCCACCCGUGCCAGAUCGAUUAUGACUUUAUCGGCAAGCUGGAGAGCUUGGAUGAGGAUGCGGCUCACCUGCUGCAGAUGCUCAAGGUGGACCACCUUCUCCGGUUCCCUCCCAGCUAUCGGAACAGGACAGCCAGCAGCUGGGAGGAAGACUGGUUUGCCAACAUCCCCGUGGCUUGGCGACAGCAGCUGUACAAGCUCUACGAAGCCGACUUUGUGCUCUUCGGAUAUCCCAAGCCGGAAAGCCUACUUAAAAACUGAAUCCGACGGAGCUGGGUGACAGAGAGCGUUCAAAAUACCCAAAGAUCCCUCUUCCCUGGCCCCCGAUAAGAGCAUCCCGUUUGCUCCUGUGGACACACUUCCAACUGACAUUCUCCAAAUGUACCUUUUUCUACUGCGUUUUACAUGCCUGCUUGGAUGCCAAAUCCCUCAAAUCUCCUGAUGAAGGGGUUCCCCCCUUCAUUUUAAGUCUGUUUUCUUCCAUUGAAGCGCAGCCCUUGUUCUGCUUUUAGGAGACCGGUUUUCUGUUCCACCACCAAGUGUAUUCCUUUGGAUGCUUUUAUUAGGGCAUUUUCUUAAAAAAAAGGGAAAAAGGCAAAAAACAAAACAAAUAUGGAAAGAAAAGAAAGAAUUAAUAUAUUAAAAUAUUUAAUACAAA